UUACACAGUCACACCCACACCCACACAUCGUAGCUGCGCUGCAAAGUGUUUCAAUAUUUAUUGCAAAAAUGGUGUGAAAAACCACUGAUUCGCUUAAAUUUAGUGCUCAAUUCUAAGCAACGGAUGGCCGCGAAGGCGUGGGCAGUGAAAUUCGCGAGUAACAUUGCUGAAAAUACAGCGAAAAGCAAACGCGAAAAACGAUGAAAUCUAGUCAAUCAAAUAUUGUGAAUGGAUGGGAAAGAGAAGAAAGAGGGGCGCAAAACGAAAACGCAAAUAAAAAGUGACACGCAGAAGCCAGCUAAAGUGCAGUUUAUUCAAAUAUAAUAGAUAUUUGUUCAAAAUAUAAAUAUAAUCUCACAAAUCAUCAUAGAAAAUCAAGUGUCUGUGUGUGGUGUGUGCGUGAGUGUGGGAGUCUUUCUCUUUCUCUCUCCCUCUUUUCUCCCCCAUCUACCUUGUUGUUGUUCUGGUGGGGUUGAAAAGCCAUUGCCUGCAUAACGGUUAACGCGUGACGUACGACCCAUCAAAAUUAGUCAAGUGCAGCACCCUACCGCCCCUCCCCCACACUAAAGAGAAGAGAGCACACCUCCUUUAUAAAGAGAGGGAUCCUCCGAUCCACCCAAACACCAUUCAUCAUGAUGGACAACGAUGAUGCACUGCUCAACAAUGGAGGACCACAGUCCGGAGCUGAAACCGUCUACGGCACCGAGGACAACAACAUGGUCAUGUCGGAGAAGAAUGAACAGGUUGUCAGCAUCGUCCAACAACUGGCGGGCAGUAUUUAUCAGGAAUUCGAGCGGAUGAUCAAUCGCUAUGACGAGGAUGUGGUGAAGAACCUAAUGCCGUUGCUCGUGAACGUGCUGGAGUGCCUGGAUGCCUCCUAUCGCAUCAAUCAGGAGCAGGACGUGGAGGUGGAGCUGCUGCGUGAGGACAACGAGCAGCUGGUGACACAAUAUGAGCGGGAAAAGAGCGCCCGCAAGCAGUCCGAACAGAAGCUAUUGGAAGCCGAGGAUCUGGCCGAGCAGGAGAACAAGGAGCUAGCCACGCGCCUGGAAUCGGUGGAGAGCAUUGUGCGAAUGCUGGAACUGAAGCACAAGAACAGUCUGGAGCACGCCAGUCGUUUGGAAGAGCGGGAGGCGGAUCUCAAGAAGGAAUAUAACAAACUGCACGAGCGGUACACAGAGCUGUUCAAAAACCAUGUGGACUACAUGGAGCGCACUAAGAUGCUGAUGGGCUCAACGCACUCCCAAAUGAGCACCGCCUCCGAACGCAUGGAUGUGAGCCGAGCGAGACUGAAUCCCGUGGCUCGCAGCUCGGGACCCGUUUCCUAUGGCUUCGCCUCGCUGGAGAAUUCGGUGAUGCUGGACACGGAGACCAUUUGCAGUGUGGGCAGCCAGUCGGAUGACUCUGGUCCGCCCUCGCUGCAGAACGAGCUGGACAAUCUCAGUGGGACGGUGGAGCGUGGAGCUGUCACCGAUGCACUGCAGCAGCAGCACCAGGCCACCUCGCCCCAGAGUCCCGACAGCAGUCCCGUUGUGCCAAAUGUGCCCACAAAUGUUGGUCGCUCGACUACCAAAAAGGAGCAGCGCUCGGAUAACAAUCUCUACCAAGAGCUGUCCUUCCAGGACAACGAGGAGAGUGAAGAGAAUGAGAUUGUAACAGGCAGCUGGGUCCAUCCUGGAGAGUAUGCGUCCUCAGCUAACGACAACUAUUUUGGCAUGGGCAAGGAGGUUGAAAAUCUUAUCAUGGAAAACAAUGAGCUGCUGGCCACCAAAAAUGCGCUCAAUAUUGUCAAGGAUGAUUUAAUUGUCAAAGUGGAUGAGCUCACUGGAGAGGUUGAAAUCGUGCGCGAGGAGCUCAAUGCCAUGCAACAAUCGAGGACCAAGUUGAGGCAGCGCAUCAGUGAGCUGGAGGAUGAGCUGAAGAAGGCCAAGGAGCAGGUCAAGCAGCAAAACACUGAGCAAGAGGAGAAUGAUGUGCCGCUGGCACAACGCAAGAGAUUCACCCGUGUGGAAAUGGCCAUGGUGCUAAUGGAGCGCAAUCAGUACAAGGAGCGUUUAAUGGAGCUGCAGGAGGCAGUGCGUCUUACAGAAAUACUCCGCGCCUCGCGUACCGUAGAUAGUUUAGACAGAAAGUCCAAGCAGAGCAUUUGGAAGUACUUUAGUAAUCUUUUUACCCCCUCCAACCGCCCAACGGAACGCGUUGCGGACGGUCUCGGAGGGGGGCCGAUGUUUCGUCACACCGGCGGAGGAAGCCCUGCCCACAGCCAUGGAUCCCCUAGCCGAGGAAGUGGAGGUGGCGACAAUCGCCUGGCCCUAACCAGCGGCCAGCCGCCCGUGCAUCCGGCCAGCGCUGGUCUUGCCAACGCACUCAUUAUGCCGAAAGACUAUGCCGAGGAAGGCAGUUCCGAGAGGAUAAGUGCAAGGAGGCGGGAACAGUACCGCCAACUACGAGCCCAUGUCCAAAAGGAGGAUGGGCGGCUGCAUGCCUACGGUUGGAGUCUGCCGAUUAACAAGGCCAGCCAGGAGGCGAAUCCCAACCGGCAUUCAGGAGGUGUACCGGUACCCGUAUAUUGUAAUCCCCUGGCGGAGGCAUCGCCCCACAUGAAGGUGUUUUGUGCGGCAGGCGUUAACCUACACGGCGGCUUCACAAAGAAUGGGCAAUCACUGAUACCUGCCAACUCACCAUAUGCUCCAAAAUCUACGCUCAAGAUAGCUGAGAUAACCAGUCCCACGGCGGAUCAGAGCAUGGAGGCUUUGGACAGGCAGAUGGCGAGGGUCAGCCUGGAGACGCUGGAGCCCGAGACGCAACUCAGUUCGUUCGUUUGGAUAUGCACAAGCACACAUGCUGCCAGCACAGUCAGUGUGGUAGAUGCCAAUCAAUCGGCCACUGUGCUCGAUGCCUUUCCCAUCUGCGCGUCGCAUUUGCUUUGCAUUGCCUCCGUGCAAGGAGCGAUGGAGAGCGACUACGCCUUGCUGGAGCAAUCGGAAGUGGUCAAGGCGGGCGAGAUGCUGCAGCGACCGGGCGAGGGUGCUGAGCUAUUGGGCAAAGUGGAGUUUGUGCGAGUGAAACCAAAGUCGGACGAUGAGCAGAACAGCAAUGCGAAGCAACAGCAGGAGGAGGAGGAGGCGAAGGAAGCCACAGAGAAAUCCAACGAGCAGCUGCCGGCUGUGAGUGCCGAAGAGCCACUUGGCAAUGUGGAGGCCAUUAAAAUACGCCAGCCACUGCCAGGAGCUCCCCAGCGAUUGUCCACAGAUGGCAACCAGACUAACAACAACAAUAACAGCAGCAGCAGCAAUCUAUUGUUUGCCACCAAAUCGCUGAACCCCAUACUGGGGACCAAGGAUCGUGAUGAACCGGCAAUGAGCUCUGUAGGUCCCACAAUGUGGCUGGGCGCCCAGGAUGGCUGGCUGUACGUGCACAGCAGCGUGGGAAGGUGGCACGAGUGCCUGCACCGAGUUCUCCUGCCGGAUGCUGUGCUAGCGAUUGUACACGUAGAGGCGAGGGUCGUUGUGGCGCUGGCCAAUGCCCAACUGGCAGUGUUCCGCCGCCAGACAGACGGCCAAUGGGAUCUGAAUAGCUAUCACCUGGUGACGCUCGGUGAUCGCAACCAUUCGAUACGUUGCCUCUGUGUGGCUGGCGAGCGCAUUUGGGCCGCUCACCGCAACAAGAUCUUCAUCGUGGACCCCGUAUCGCUCAACAUUGUGCAUUCGCUGGACGCGCAUCCGCGAAAGGAGAGCCAGGUGCGUCAGAUGGCGGCCACGGGAGCUGGUGUCUGGGUAUCGAUCAGACUCGACUCCACGCUGCGGCUGUACAACACGCACACGUUCGAGCACAAGCAGGACGUGGACAUUGAGCCGUACGUGUCCAAGAUGCUCGGCACCGGCAAGCUGGGCUUUAGCUUCGUCCGCAUCACCGCCCUAAUGGUGUCCUGCAACCGGCUGUGGAUCGGCACCAGUAACGGCGUGAUCAUCUCAGUGCCGCUAGCCGAAGUUCAGCCCAAGUCAUCAUCCGAUCCCCAUGGUCAGAUGCCGCUCUGUUGCAUGGCCAACGCUCAACUUUCCUUCCACGGCCACCGGGAUGCGGUCAAAUUCUUCGUAUCGGUGCCCAUGCUGCAGCAGCCCAAUCUCAAUGGUGGACUGACCUUCACCAACAAGCGACCCGAUAUGCUGGUCAUGUGCGGCGGCGAGGGCUACAUCGAUUUUCGCAUAAACGAUAACGACAUGGAGAACAGUAUUCAACUGGAACCAAACCAAACGAUCGAGAAUCGAGGCGAUAAGAGUUACUUGAUCGUGUGGCACGUUAGUCAGCGUUAAAACCGAUGCUUUGGUCUAAGUGCAAAUGAAUAUUAAUAGCAGUUAUAUGAAUGCAUACGUGUAUUAUCUUAUAAUUCGAUGUGCAACUACACAACUGCAGGCUAGCGAAAGGAUUACCUUAAACUUUAGUAUUUAUCUAACUAACCUACCUUAAAAACUACCACGAUGACAAAAUGGGUUCUAUAAAAUAAUUUAGUUAAACAAUUUUUAAAUUUGAGCCGUGAGGCUGCUCCAAUUGAUUCUUAUUGCUUCAGUUAAACCAAAAAGGAAAACCUGCAAAUUUAUUUGUCAGUGAUAGCCAGCUAAAUAUUUCAAAGUAUAUACAAAUAUACAUAUAUAUACUACUAUAUAUAUUUAAAAUAGAGUGUAAUAAGAUUGAAAUUUGUAAAUUUUAUGCGCUCUCCUGGCAGCAAGUUAUGUAUUUUGCAUAGACACGACAACACCACAUUUACUUUUAAAUAUAGAUAUAUCUAAAUCAGAUAUAAGAAAGUGCGCCUUGUCAAGGGAAUUUCAGCGUGAUUCUUUGUCCAAAUAUGUAGUAGAAUCUUAAUUUCGUGUAUCUAUAUUUUUAUUUUUAUUUUACUGUAAAGUGCGAUCAUGAUGAGCAAUUUAUAUUUAGUUAUUUUGUUAAAUAAUUUUAAACGUUAGCUAAAAAUUUUAAACCUUUACUUUGAUUGUUAUUCAUUUGUUUCGUAAGCCUAUGUUUAGUAAUAAAACAAAUCUGACCAAAA